AUGUUGAAUUACGAACAGGGACUCGAAGUUGUGCCAGGCCAUGAAAUUCCCGAGGUCGUCCCCCGUGAACUCGAAAGCAUUCCUACGGCGCUAGAUCCAUGGCGCGCAGUUCAUGGACCGUACGAAAAAGAAUGCCACGAUACUCGGACCAAAACUCCACCUGGCGCCGAACCCCCUCGCCCAGCCCGCGGCAUUUUCGGCGCCCGCAAAGCUUGGAAAUGGUGGACAAUAGUAUUGAUCUUCGUCUUGGUGGCUAUUGCCGCCAUACUCGGCGGGGUACUGGGCAGUCGUUCGAGAAGUCAAACAACCGACGAUAGCACGACUCCAGUCUCGGACCCCGGAGUGUUCGAAGGCACUGACGGCAAGUUGCGCUUUAUAGACCGAACUGGUCCCAAUGGCUUGUGGUCAGCCGUGACGACUUUGGAUGACGUUCCAUUGGCGCCUAAUGGAUCCUUUGCUAUCUCUACAGAUAUGGAACAUGGGAUGAGUACGGUCGAAUACACGCUGUAUUAUGCGACAGAAUCCGGUGAACUUUGUGGGCAAGACUUCGCAUACGGGCGGACGCCACUGACCGGAAGUCCUGGCGACAUCAACGACGUAAAUCUCGCAGCCGCAAAUGGAUCUUCCAUAGCGACAUACUUUCCCUAUAUAGUGACUCAAGACCAAGACACGGGCGAGAUGCUGUGGUACGGGUACAAAAAUCAUGUUGUACCUUACUACUUCGAUCUGACUGGAUCAUCGCUAACCGUGAUUGGUGCUCUCUAUACCGCCAUGCUUGUCCUUCCGACGAACUCGUGGACGUACGAGAGAGUCAAUACGACUUUAACGGCGGCGUUCUUCUAUCGGACACCUGAGGGUGCCCUGGCUUUCGCCUUGGGAGAGCCAGCGUUCCGAAGCGCCAACGAAUCCACUAUUGCCAGCUGGACCCCCUAUGCAGGCGCGACGCCAAACGUAUCUCUGCCGGAACGGAGCGCAGUCGGCGGUUUUGCUGUGGCUUCGGGUAUUGACAGCACAUAUGUGUCUACUUACCUCCUCUACCAAGACGACAACGGGACAAUUCAAGUUUUGUUGCCCGGCGGCAAGGGUUGGGACCGCCCUAAAUCUUUCGACGCUUUCAACGGCGCGGAUAGGGGCACAUCGAUUGCGUGUCUGACCAUGGGAGCCUAUUCCCAAAACAACGAAACGAAUGUUCCCGUGUCGUACAACACGGACACCAGUCGGUGCUACUUCCAGAGCGAGGGCUUGCUGAAGGAGGCCUGGUAUGACGGAGCUGAAUGGCGAGAUUGUGGCCUUGUAGCUACUGGGCCAGCGGCAUGA